AUGAAAGUCUCAGCAGCGACGAGUGACGACGACGCGCGACGGUUGGCAGAUUUUACAAAUAAUUUGUUAAAUGUGAACAACUAUUGUGCUUUUUAUUACAUUACACCCACGCUCACUUAUCGUUUUCAAUUUCUAACAGAUUGUGCUGCAGCGUAUUACGAUAAAUAAUAGUAUACAAAUCCGGAUAUACAUCACAUUAUGGGUAGGUCAAGGUUAUAGUUGAGAAGUCGAGAAGAUAUUUUAAUAAUUUAUUUUAUACUACGCCUACUAAAAGCAACAAUCAAUCAUAGCAAUCGAACAAUGAUUGUGAGCAGAACUCGGUGAAAUGUUAAGGUACUGCUAUGUUUUUUCGCAUAUAGCCGAACAAGCCCGUUGUAAUGUGGAGUAUGCCACUUUAUUAAAAAAGUGGUUUUUUUUUUUUUUUUAAAGUAAUUAUCGAAAAUUAUCAUCGAAAAAUGUUUUAAAUAAGAUACCACAAAACGGAAAUCUACGUCUAAGAUAUUUGUGUGAAAUAAUGAAAGCAUUAUUUACUAACCGGAAAAUGGUAUUUCGUGAUUACAAAAAAAAAAUCACACAUUUUAGUAAAAAUAUUUCGUAUUAUUAAUAAUAUCUUCGCUACAAUCGGAAUGCAAAAUGUGUGUAUAUUUGAAAUGUAAUAUUCACUGUUCAGAUUAUUAUAAUUGAACUUCGAAAGAAAUUCAAAUAAAUAAUAUUUAUCGAUAUUUAUCGAACAAUACUAAACCCGUAAACUUUUUUACAAACAAAAUAUAAUAACACAGAUUUUUAUAAGUCCAACACAUUUACGCAAAAGUUCGUUCCGAAUAUAAUUAUUAUUAUUAUUAUACUCCCGUAGAGUGUGAUUUUUAACGAUUUUCCACGUCCAUAGCAUUAUUGUGUCGUGCCAAUUGCGUAAAAUUCACCGUAUUUGCGUAUUUAUUUUUUUUUUUUAUAUAUAUAUAUAUAUAAUAUUAAUACACAUCGCGUGCACAUUUACGACCCCUCUGCAACAAUCACAAUGUGCGCGUAUAAUUUUCGUAGUUUCGUGUACUCUAUUCCUACCUAAUAAUACAAAAGGUACGUGCGUUAUACAUAAAUACUCAAUUCCUGACCUAGUAUAACGCGUUCUAAUUAUUUUCCCCACAAAAAUAGCAUCGGGUUUUAUUACUUAUAAAGAAAAAAUCUGUUCGGGAGACCACGUAUUGUUCGUAUUCAGCCGUCGAAUAUUCAUCAAAUCCAUAUUAAAUCCGUGUAUCCAUCUAGUACCAAUAUCAUAUGACUUUUCAUCACUACAUAAUAUAGGAUUGUAAAUUUAAUACACUCAGAAAACUUUAAAACCUAUAAUUAAAAUCGUUCCAAACAACUCCAUAGCGCUGGCAGCCACAUUUUGGAGACUCGACUCAAAAACCAUACAAACGAUAUAACAAUUAUAUUAAAAAUUAAAAAAAAAAAAAACAAGUUGAGAAGGUAGAAAUGGUAGGAUGGGUGCAACAUGAUUGCGAACGAAUAUCGCUUAUCAAAAAAUUUUUUUUGGGGGUUACGUCGCUAAGUUUAAAUAAUGUACAUAUUUCUGAAUAUGUUUUAUUCUAUUCGGGGAUUUAAACAUUAUAACAUUAAACCUAUAUUACAAACUAAAAUAAAAUGAUACAAAAUUAUAGUAUUUAAAAUGUUGAUUAAUUCAAAUUUUUUUCUUGGUAUGAAUAUUAUACGACACGAAUAAUAAUACUGUUCGACUACACGAAUCCGAGCUGCUUUUCCAUCAAAUUAAUAUAAAUUUAGGAAAAAUAUGAUUGUGUAGGUUAAUAUUAUAUAAUAAUAAUAUAAUGUAUAUAUAUUAUAUUAUGGUAUUCUACAUCGUAUCUUACCGCCCGGAGUAAUAGCAGAAAACUAUUGUUGGUUAACUUUAUAUAGUUUUAUGAUUUGAUUUUAUGAAAAUAAAUCAAAAUUUGUACAAAUAAUAUUAAUUUCACUUAUUUUAUAAAUUAAAUUGUCAAAUCAAAUUUGGAAACGUCGCACGAAAAAAGACAGGUAAAAACGUUUGCAAUCGUGCAUCAUUGGCGUAUAUAGAAAUCAAUUUGAGGGGAGGGGGUUAUAAAAAAGCUUUUGGGUUUUAAUUAAUACACUUAAUUACAGAAAUAAAUUCAUAAAUACUCACAUGUGCCAUAUCAACCACAAAUUUCGGGGGGGGGGGUUAAACCCUCCAAACCUUCCCUAUACUUAUAUCUAGGGUAGGAUCCAUCACUAACAAAAUACUAUUCUGAGCGAAAGUCGGUUUCAUGUUCGGUACAUGUUUUGAAAUGUAGUACAUUCCUCACUCCGCUCAUAAUCAAAAAAUAUAAGUUUAAAUAUUGAGUUCAUUAUGUUUGGUACACAAUUUGAAUUUACAAUAAGUUAUAAAAAAAAAAGCAUUUAUCACAGUUAUACAGCGUCGUAACGUUAUUAUCAUGAUAAAAACUAUUAUUCCUUAAACAAUGUCCGACGCAAACGAAUUAAAUAUCUAACAAAAUGUAAAUCGUAAUACUUAACGUUGGUCGUAAAUAAAAAAAAAAAAAUUCGUUCAGUGAAUUACAGUCUUCCAAAUAAUAUUGGUCUUAGUUUCGGCGGUAUAGGAAAACGGUUACUGGAUUUCCACGCCCUUACUCUUAGAACUGUUAAUUUGUAAAACUCUGCAUAUUUUCUAUAUGCAAUUAAGGAAAAUAGGUACUCUAGUAGGCGUCAAUGAAUAUAAUAUAUGUUAUUAUUAUUGUUUAUUUCUUCGAAAAGAUAAUGGGCCCCACUGAACAGGUUCGUGUGUGGGCCCGUGAGCUGACAAUUUACCAUAUAACAAGGAAAAUAUUACAUUCAAAUAAUAAUUUAAAUUUAAAUUUUUAUUUUACAAUUUUAGACUUAUGAAACUAACAUAAACAUAUGCAAUAUAGGUAACAACAAUUAAUAUACAGAGACUUAAUGUAUAAUACGGUUUGAUAAAAUACAAAUGCAAGCAACUAGAUUAAAGAUAAACAAAUAAAGUUUUAAAUUUGGUUCAUUUUUCAGCCAGUUAGUCAUUAUUUUUUUUUAAAGUAUUAAACGAUAGAAUUGUUUUGAAGUCUAAUGGUAGUAUAUUAUUUAUUUUCGGUCCUAUAUAUAAGUAAGUAGAUGGAGUUAGUUUUCUGUGCAUUAAGGGAACAGUAAUGCUUGAUAGUUGUCUUGUGUUAUAUCCAUGAUCAAUACUAAGUGUUGGGUUAUUUUAAACUAUAUAAAUUACUAAUGCCUUAUAGAACAAUUGUUUUAAUGGUAGAACAUUUAAUUCUUUGAACAGAUAUUCUGUGUGAUACAAAUGAUUCUUUUUUAAAAUAAUUUGUAUUGUUGUAUUUUGUAUUUGUAUUAUUUUUAAUGGAUUUAGUGUUGAAUUAUAGACACCUUCCCAAUAGUAAUACCAUUGUUAAUUAUGGAUUCUACUUGAGUUUGGUAUACAAUUCUAAUUUUCUUAAUUUCAAGUAAAUUAGCUAAAUUUUUGAAAGUAUAGAUUAUUUUUCUUAGUUUUAUCGUCGUCUGUUUAAUAUGGUCUGCUAUUUGAGGUUAUGACACAUUUCAAUGCCUAAGUAUUCACAAGAUUUUACUAAUUUUAAUGAAGUUUGAUAUGUACAAGAUUUUAGAUUCGAGCAUUUGUGUUCGUGUAUAUACAGGCUGAUCAUAUCUGGUUGGUUUGAAUUAGUUAUAUAGUGUGGUAAUAAAUAAGUUUUAUCUAAAAUUAAGAAUAGUUUUUCGCACAUAACCAAAUACUGAUUUUUCUCAGAUCAUCUUGUAUGGAUAAAAAUACCUCGUCCCAAGACAUAACAGACUAGUUUACCAUGUACCUUUAAAUCGUUUAUUUGGUUAAUUUGAAUAUUAAAUAGGGGAAACAAAUUAAUAUAGUAUAAUAUAGUUAAAGGAAACAAAUUAAACCAUAUUUUAAGAACCUAUAGUUACUGUACUAUAGUAAUUUAGGUAUACUAUUUGAAGAUAGUUAGUCGGUAAUCAAUACUAUUUGAUAACACGCACUACACUUACCGAUUAUUUUUUAAAAUAUCAAUAGUUUGGUGAUUUCAUUAACCUAUUUCAUCACCAAAACCGUAAAACACCGCGAUAUGAUAUUUUAUCGAAUAAACAAUUUUAAAAAUAGAUUAUAACAUGUUGAUUUUUUUUAAAAAGAAAUCAUAAUAAAUUCUUUUGAAUCGAAUUUUUUAGUUUUAAUAAUACGAUUCAUACAACUGUUAUGAACGUGCCAAUUUUGAUAAUUCGUUAUUGUUAUUGUUUCAGUAUAAUAACAGAAAUAACUAUAAUACUAUUUUUUUUUUCUAGAUGUCAUAGAAUGGAGCGAAUAUGGAGGCUGCUGCAAGCGGCUUCCUUUCUCGUGCCGUUACUGCAAAGCGUGUUAUCGGACAGUUCGGACGUGUGAGUAAAAAAAUUCAAUGUUUAUAAUAAUUUAUUCAUGGUUGCAAAAAAAAAAAAAAAAAAAAAAAUCGAACACGAUAAAGUUUUACAAAUAUUAUAAUAAUAUAUACAAGCCAAACCAAACAUUACAUAUUAUUAUUUAUUAUGAUGACGAUAAUAUUUUACCUUUUAUUAAAAACAGUGUUUAGAUUCUGAGCAUAGUUAGUAAUUUAUUGAUUUUACUAUGUGAUGUGAGAUUUUUUUUUUCUAUCCAUAAAUAACUUUUCGAUAAGAAAUCUCAUUCUUAAUUUCUGAUCAUAAACUUCAAGGGUGACUUUUAUAGUGCAUUUUGUUAAAUUGGUGUAACUGGUGCAUUGACGAGAUUGUUAUUCGAUUUUCUUUGUACAAGAGUAAUUUUAUUAUUUUAAUAAUGGAGGGGAAAUCGUAGAAAAAACAUCGUAAAAACGGGUAUAUUCACGUCAUAGCGGUUUCCAUUAUAUACAUUAUUUACAUUAUAUAGUCAUAAUGAAUAUAUUAUUUGAAUAGGUUCGAGAAUGGAAAAUCGGACAAAGAAAUAUUGGAUAACUUGGUGAACCAAAACAGAUAUGACAAACGUUUGUUACCACCCGUGGACGGUACGUAUACAAUUUUUUUGCCCCAUACAAUAUUAAUAACGAGGAUUAGAUUUACAAGGUGCUCGGUAAAAUGAACCGGAGAAAAAAAAGAACGGUCGUGGUGCCAUCAUUCAUGCGAAAUUAAAUUAAUAUAAUUUCAUUAUCAAUAAUGACUGAAACUUUAAGAUAUUGUUUUCGUAUAUGUAUUGUUGAAGACAGCAAAUUUAUUUUAAAUACAAUUACCAAAAUACAACUAAAGGAACUAAUAUUUCAUAAAAAAUGAAUUGUCAUUUAGACAACAUUCAUAAAACUACUCGAAAUCCCAAAAAUUAUCGAAGUACAACAUUUUGAAUAUAUAUUAUACAUAAAAUAUAAUAAAUAUUAACAUAUUGUUAAAAAUGUCACAAAACUACGCUAUAUUGAAAAAUGGAAUAAAUGAUAUAAAGAUGCAAAAAAAAAAAAAAAUACAUAGGUAAUAAAUUAUUACCUUUGUAUGUGCAAUAUGUAUUACUAACAAUAAAAUGGAAAAUGUCAAAAUUAAAAUUUUAAAAUAAAUUUGGUUUUAACUUUGCGUACUUUUCUAGUCUUAGGUACAAUAAACUUUAAAACUAUGUAUGCAUUUCUUUACAAACUCAAAUUGAAAACAUUAUAUUAUAAUAAAAACUAUUUUUCUUUGUUUCAAAAUAUAUUACAACUUAUAAAUUGUAUGAAUGAAAAAAAAUCCAUAUUAACACCUAUCGGAAUCCUGUACCGAUCUCAACUCAUUUUCGGCUAUUUAUUUACGCAAACAACACUGUUUGGUAAUUGUUUAAAUAAAAUUCACUCAAUGUCAAAAAUUAAUUUCGUAAAUAAUCUAUGGAUUUUAUAAAUAGGCAUUUUUUUAUCUUUAUUAAUGAUUUCAUUAAACAUUUAUGAUUUAUGUGCUCGUAAAAAACUACAAAUAAAAUAACAAUUAGUCAAAAUGUCAAUUUCCUAUAUAAUAUAGUACCUAUAUUAUCACGUGAAAAAUAAAUUAUAUCUAUUGGAGUAUUUUUUUACUGCAAAAUUAAAAUUUUUAGGAUUUUUUUUAAAAUUUUCAGGAAAGAUUCAUGACUCGAGUUGAAUAUUUUAAAUUCUAUAUCUCUAUAUAAUAUAAACUAGUAUCUACCUUGGGCUACUUAAUCAUCAUAUUUUAGUAUUUCCAUCAUCAUUGUAACAUAGUUAAACGAUAGAAAUCGUAAAUGUAUAAAAUUGGUCACGUGCUGAUAUUGUAUUAAUUUUCACCGAAUAAAAACCCGAAGGUUACACGAUGGUCGUUUUAUAGAUCAAGAUUUUUGCUGUGGGAUGAAAACUCCUCAAGAUUUGAGAGUGAUACUGCCGUCGGCCAACAAACAUCCUAUUCGAAAAGGUAAUAGUUACGAAUACGAGUAAAUUGUACGCUGAAAGCGUUCAGAGUUCAUAUUGCUGAAUAAAAACGUUCGUGUUUUCAGGGCCUUUAUUAGUAAACGUCAGCGUACUGUUACUGAGCCUGGCCUCGCCCGAUGAGUCAAGUCUGGUAAAAAAACACAAUAAAUCAUUAUACACAUUGCGUUUUUUUAGUCAUCUAUAUAGGUACUAAUAAUUUUUAAUAACUCACAUUUUUCGUUCGUGUUUUGUCAAUACCUAUAGAAAUACGAGGUGGAGUUUUUACUGCAGCAACAGUGGUACGACCCUCGUUUACGGUAUUCGAACCAGAGUAGAUACGAUUUUCUAAAUGCCAUUCACCACCAUGGAGACAUUUGGCUACCGGACACGUAUUUCAUCAUGCACGGCGAUUUCAAAGCUUCGCUAAUACCGGUACACUUUUCGCUGAGGAUUUACAGAAACGGCAGUGUACAUUAUUUAAUGAGGUGAAAAUUUAUACCCAUAGUGUAUAACUGAAUAAUGUAUAUGUAUAAUUCGUGAAAUACUACGUAGGUCAAAAAGAAUAUUUUAUAAUUACAAAUGGUCAAAUAAAAUAUUGUUGUUAAAUAUCUACAUGGGCGAGAAAAAAGUAAACUACCAUAAAAUGAACAUUUUUCUAAAAGUCGAUGUAACAGGAAAAAAUUCGGGUCGGACAUUUCGGCGUGGCCAUCUCGGCGUGAGUCAAUUUCGGCGUAAAGAUUUUUUUAUAAAAUUAUUUUAAUCAAUAAUAUAUAAUAUAAAAUAGUAGAUAAAAUAAUGAUUUUAAGCAGUAUAAUAUAAUAAAAUAUAAUUUUUCAUUAUGAGUUUUUUAAGAGGAAUAGUAUAUAAUUUUAGUAUGAUAAAUUAAGUAUUAUAUCUAUAGGUUACCUAAUUAUAUUAUUAUUUUAUAUUUUUAUAUUACAUAUAUUAUAAUUUAUCAGUAUAUGAAUAUUUAUAUUUUUAUUGUAUACGGCAUUACUACUAUAAUAUAAAUUAAAAAUGACAAUGAAUAUAAUAUGUUUAAAUAAAAAAACUAUAAAUUCUAUUAAAUAACAAAUUUUAACUUGUAAAUAAACAUCAAAAUGGCCCUACGCCGAAAUGUCCUAGAUCGAAAAAAAUUAAUGUUUUAAACAUUUCAAUAAAACCUAUAAGGUACAUAAUCAUGCCAAUUGCGACAAUUUAUUAUAAAAAAAAUUAUUUAACAACCAUAAUACAAAUAUAGUGUAUACCUAUAAAAUAUAAUACUUAAGUAAAUUAAAAAUUAUUAUCUAAAUUACAUAAGUGAUUACUUCGUUUUCUUAUCCUAAGUACGGCCAGAUAUUUCAUAAAUUAAAAUAAUAAAUUAAGAGUUAAGUCUAAUAACAAAAUGAUCAAAUGUUACCAAAGGUGAUAUUUUAAAUUUAGUACCGAUGUAUACUCAAAUAUAUUCCACUAAAAUCUGUUUGAAUCGGUGACAGUAAUAAAUUCAUAAUUUAUGAUUGGAUUUGAUGUUCGAUAGUAGAACCUACUAUACGUAAUAUAGAUGGCCCGUGGUUUUUAAUGGAAUUUCGGAUCGUACUAUAAUAUACCUAACUCUGUAAUAUAAUAUAGUGUCAAUCAAAAAUUAUAUCAGUUUGUACAGCAUUUAAUUUCUGUUGUCACACGUCAGCUUUUAGAAACGUGUUAAUGUUGCUGCAGUUUAUCACCUACUAACGUACGGAAAAAUAAUGAAAUAAUAUGUUGUAAAAACUUACUCCGUAUACAGAGUGAUACAUUCAUAUAUCGCGAACCAUCAGUGAUUUUUUUAUGAAGAUUAUGAAUACAUUUGAUUUUGCUGUUUUUUUUUCAUAUCAUUAUUUGGCAAAUCCAAUAUCACGUUUAUGCGUGUUUUCGUUUUGUUAUUUAAACGAAAUAGGUUAUGUUAUAUUAUAAUAUAUGUUUUUUUUUCAUUCCGAGGGGCAGUUAUUAUAGUUAAAAUUAAUGGCACUUUCGUUCAAAUUACGGGCUACUAAACCACGAUUAACGUUAUAAAAUAAAACAAAAUUAUACUAUACGCAGUAUGCACUAAUAAAAGUGUGUACAUACUGACGAUGUAAAUGAGUUGCCACUUGGCCAGUUAUAAAAACAAAACAAAAACCAACGAAAAGGUGCACUUUAAAACAAACUUAUAAAAACUAUUAGAGCUGUGACUUUAAUGCUGAAUAAAAAUAAUGAUUUCAAAAAACAUUUUAAAACCCAAAAAGUCAACUAAAAGUGGACUUAGAAAUAAAAAUAUAAAAUAAAUGUGGAAUAAUAAAUGCAUUUAAAAUGUCAAUAAAAAAUCCACUGGAAUUCAGUAAAACGCAAUAUUUCGAAAUGAUAAUAAUACAUAUUAAUACAUCUUAUAUUAUAAAUUCAUGAAUAUUUUUUAAAUAAUGAAAUGUCAGAACUUUAAGUACGUGCGAAUAGCCUGUAUGAAAUAUUAAAACAUUACACUAUGUACCUAUGUUAACGUUACGUAAAAAUAUUUAUGAAAAUACCAAUAAAUUUCGAAAAAGCAAAAUAAAAGUGUCAAACCUGAGUUCGUUGUUACAUAUAAUUUGAAGUUUAGAGUUUAUCCUUAUAAUAAAGCAUAAUAUCUUUCAGGAAUCUCAAAAUUAAUUUUUUAUAAAUUCGCAGCUCAAAUAGUAACAAUUACAAGUGUAUAUUUUUUCUAUAUAAAAAUAAAUAGAUAAUAUCAUAUAUAAACGGGUUUUUUUUUUGUUUUUUACAUUUUCACGUAAUCAAUAGUUUUAUAGCAUUCAAGUUACCGAUUUCACGUACACGGUGAUGAUUAUUACUUGGCACAUGCUGUUUUUCUGCUGAUUUUACUGAAUCGACAAAUUCACUAAUUUGAUGUAAAAUAUUUAUAAUUUACAUACAAAUAAAAUGAAAAUGUUUUCAGGCGCCAUUUGAUACUGUCAUGCCAGGGUAUAUUGAACAUAUUUCCGUUCGACGAUCCGCAGUGCACGUUUUCGAUGGAAAGCAGUAAAUAUCCUUCAAUAUACAUUAUAACAAACUUUAACAUAAAUGUUAAAAAUAUUUAUAACAAUAUUAGCAGGACGUUCGACGUGUAUUUAUCGUCUGACGAUAAGUCAAAGAUUAGUUUUUGUAUUUUCAACAGUACUGAGGCCUCAUUGGUCUUGAUUUUUGUGCCAAAAUAAAUAUUAAAAGUUGUUUAAAACAAUUUAUUAAUUAUUUUUUUGCUAGACCAAUUUUAUUUGCGUUUUAAAAAUAUAAAAAAAUAAUAUAAAAUGUGUGGACGAUAUAUAAAAAAAAAUGUUCUAUAUAGAUAUGUUUCUAAUAAAACUUCUCAUGCCAAUCUUGACAUCAAAAUCAAGCUUAUACGGCCAACAAUACCUGAGUACUGUUGGAAGUACGUAAACACAUUUUUGCUAUGUUUCCAUAUAGACAAGUAGACAAAGACGGUAAAUUCAUUCACAUCUACUAUUUCAAACUAACCUUAACUAACUUUAACUAACGGGAAACACGGACAAAUUAGUUGAUUUACAUAGAACAUUAAUUGUUGUGUUUAAAAUGAAAUGAAAAUUUAACACAAAUACAAAAAUUUAAAAAGGGGAAUAUUUUCGAGGAAGUGAGUCGCUGUUUUUCUGAAAAAAAGUUUAAAAAAUACAGCUAAUUAAUAAUAACUAAUGUGCAGACUGUUAAACAGAAACGUAUAUUGACUCCGAAAAUAUGAUUGCUUCUUAUGUCUAUCAAGUUGUCACCGGCACAUUAUGCUAGGGCUUUACAACUAAUAUUAACAUUUUGCUAGGAAAUUUUUGGAUUUUGCUUGGGCUCCUAAACAUCGGAAAUUCACAUACAAACAUGCCGGUGUUAUCGUUGUGGCUGCUUCAGCAUGUUGCUUGAUUCCAAAAAAAAUUAUGUCAAUUUAUUCAGAGGAAUUUGCUAGAUUUUGUCAUACUACUUUUAAGUUUACGCUCUACUCUCCCUCGACCAAAACUUGAAAUUUAGGUUAGGUUAUGUCAACGGAUCGACAAAAAUCAAAAUGUCAACACCAAAAUUAAUUUUAACUAAUACUCCAUCUAUUUAUGGAAUUUUUAAUAUAGGUUGCCUUUUGAAAUAUAAUAGUAGAUAGUGAUUUUACCCCCAAAAAUAAGGGCGACAAAAAGUUAAGGAAACUUAAUAAGAUCCAAAAAUGUCUAAGCAAAACAAAAUUUUGAUACUAAUUGUUUAGUCCUAGCAUAAUAUGUUGGCGCCAACUUGCCGGAUAUUCGUAUAUUUAUUUUUUAUCAUUUUGUAUUUAAAUUCUAUGAUUUUAACCUAAACGCCUGCAUAAUAUGUGUUCUACGGUAAGUAAUGGAAUUAUUUUUACUAUGUCGCCCGUUAGACCUAGAUUGUUAAUUCGGGUGUGCCGACAUUUUUUUAUGUUGAGGCCUUUUAAUAAUUUUCACUCGUAUUAUAAAUAUUAACCUAUUUAUUAUACUAUUAUGUCCUUUAUUAAGAGUUCUUUAAUUUUUUUUAAAUUAUACGAUUAACAAUGCAUUAUUACAAUUUUCUCUUUUUUUUAAGUUUUAUUAGUUUUUAUCAGUAAGUUAUUUUAACUAUUACAAAUUGUUUAUAAAAUAAUUAACGAUACAAUGUAUCAUUACAAAUUUCUCGUAGAAAUAUUAUAUAUUAAAUUAUUCCUAUGUUCUACAGAACGUUAACAUUUCUUGUUUUAUUUUUCGCAAAUUUAUUUAUUACUACAUCGUAGUCCAAGUUUGAAGCUACAUAUUUUUUAAUAAAUAAUAUUGCAAGUGAAGUUAGUCUUUCUUGAGUCAACGAUGUCCUUAAAUAUGAUUUUAUAAGUUUUAAUCUAGAAAAAGAUCGUUCAGUACUGGUUACAUUUAUUGGAAUAGUUAGUAACCUAUAUUCUGUAGAAUAUAGUAGCAUUGGGAACUGGAUUCUGAAGAUCUAUUAUUAAAAAUUUAAAUAUUUCGAUUGAUUAUUAAAUUAUUCAGGCAUUAUUUGUUUGGGAAUUUUUAACUCAGAAUAAAGUUCUGCGAUAAAAUACUUAGAGAAAUGAAAUAGUCAAGCCAAAUAGGUAUAAUUGUAUAAACAAGAUACAAAUAUCAUAAAUAUACUGUUCUGUGAUAAAAAUAUAACUAUAUAUAUUAUAUUAUGGCAUCGGGCCAUGAGGCCUUGUUUAUACUUGUAGUAAAAGUAAAAUAAUAUAAUAUAAUUAAUACUUACUACAAAACUAGAAGGAAAAUCUGAAUUGAAUAAAUUACUAUUCAUUCCCAGGUGAAGUUUACAAUUUUUAAAUUUUAAUAUUUAAUUUCGUUAACGCAAAGCCAAAAUUGUUAUACAAAUUUAUGAGGCUCGGGGCAACCUUGCCGGACCCGGCUGGUCCCUACCUAAGAUCGGUUCUGUGCACUGCAGUGCUUAAUGAAAUUUAUUUUUAAGAGACGAUAAAGUCGUAAAAUUUACGAUUAGUACUACAAGUAUAACGUUAUUAUUAUAUCAUAACGAUUACAAUAUGUUCUUCUGAUUGUAUAAUAUAUACUAAUAUUUAUAGUAUCCUACGAAAUGUCGGCAAUAAAAUACGUGUGGAAAAACGACGAGAGUACAUUAAAGAAAUCACCGUCGUUGAAGACUUUGAACGCAUACUUGGAUCGAAAUCACACGACCGAAUGCCCGUCUACCGGUAGUUGGAGAGGUCAGUAUAUUAUUAUACAUAAUAAUAAUAUAGUAUAACACGAAUACAAUGUUGAUGUCUAAUCAGUGGGAGGUAUGUACGGUGGUAGAUUAAGAAGAUAUAUUUUCACCCCUUAAUCAUAUUUUCAGGAUCUAUUAUUUGUAUGGCUAUUUUUUUAAAUAUACAUUUCAUUACAUUUUAGUAAGAAAAAUCAAUAUUUCAAUGUGUUUGUAUCUAUUAUCUCUAUGGUUAAUAUAUUAAAGAAAACCCGAACGUAUAAGUAUAUAUUCGCGUGUUAAUAACGAAACCAAUUCGAACCGAAAUACUAAUUAAAACAUAAGAUUAGACUAUUACCUGAAUAGUAAAUAAUAACAUAUAUCUAAUUAUUCAAUUUCUAUUAUCAUUAGGCGGAUUGAAUUAUAAAUUAUAACUUACAAAAAUGUGUAAAAAUCAUCAAAAAUUGAUAUUUGUUUUCAGCCUGAGUCCUCGUUAUAGAACAUAACAUAUUUCCAAACUCAAUAUCUCUUUCCUUGAAAAAAUCCUAAACAUGUCAGUGUGUCUUAUAAUAUUAUGAAUUAUAUUGUCUAACCGAUAAUUUAAAAAAAAAACCUUAAUAGCGCGUUUUUAGCAUUAUAGCGGAACACGAGAUUGUAAUCUAUCGGGAUGCUGUCAAUGAAUUAUUAACAAUAUUAUGACCAUAGUCAAAGAACAGCGUUAGUUUUAAUAUUAGACUAAGUACAUGAAAAUAAAAUUUAUUACUUAAAAGAACAAUAAUUUUUGCUAAACUUAAAAUUUUUAUGAGAGUUGUGAAAAAAUCGAAACUAUAGAACCGCAUAAUUUUAGAUCCCUGGAGCAGACCGAGAACGGAGUUACCUACUCAUAUAUUAUACUUAUACGUUUCUUUUAUGUAUAUAUUCUAUUAUAAUAUAAUGUAUAUUUUUUUCCUUGGUUAUACCACAUACGUUUUGGAGGACGUGGUAAACAUUACAUUUCAAAAUGUUUUAUGUGGCAAUUUUCAAAGAUAUUAAUAUAGGUAAUUCACCACGUGACAGUCUGUAUAUUCGAAUGAGGUUAUUUUAUUUUUUAUGUAUAAUAAUAAUACGAUACAUAAUAGAAUCGGCAUAAGUCGUUUCAAACUCAAUUUUCCCCUGCAAAAGUAGUUUGGGCGUUUAAUGCGUUUAGGCAAAAAAUGUUAUUAUUGUUAAUACACCUUGAUCGGUCCCCAAUAUUAAUUAUAUUUCUAAUAACCUGUUUAGUGUUUACACUCGUAAUAUUUAUGCCGAUAAGUUUUAUCACCAGACUUUAAAUAAAGUAUUGGGAGGAAUACACCUUCGAUAGGAAAGAGACGUAAUGUCCAGGCGUAAAUCCACAGUCGUAGCGAUAUGACUUGGUCCGAAAUACAAUAAAUAAACGUUUGCUGUUACAUCGAGAGAACGCAUUAGUAAAGUUUUACCUACUACACGGAUACUGAUAAUAUAUUUUAGACGUAUCAUUUAUCAAGUUCUUUUAAAACCGUUUUGUUAAUUUAAAAAAAAAAAAAAAAAAAACAUUUCUAAAAAAAAACUUUUGAUAAACUAUGUAGAAAAACUGUUUGAAAUAUUAAAAAGUACUUACCUUCAGACGGAAAAUCCUCAUCAUAUUUUAACUAAGGCACCUACGUGUACGGUAUGAAAGUUUUAAAGCAGUUUUAUUUUUUACUAACCGUGAAAAAAAAAUACACUUUGGCUUAGAGUUUUAGACGGUAAUAAAUACUAACAUGAAGGGUUCAAAAUUUAACUUUACAUUUUAUAUUCAGUAAAAUGGUUUCUCGAACGCGAUAAUUUUAAACAUAUUAUUGAGAUAGGUACUUCUGCAGUUAACAGACUAUCACGAUAGAUUCGCUUCCAGAAUAAUCAGAUACCAUCAAUUAAACAUCGGGUAGUUAUGUUGCACCUAUACAGUUUCUAGUUUUACUGUAUAUUAAAUUAUUAUUAGGCUAUAAAAAAAAUAUAUGGUUCGUUUUCGUAUAGUAAAUCUAUAAUGAAACGUUUUAAUUUAAUACAAUUGUUAAAGAAUUAUUAAGUCCUACAGUUGGAUUACGUCCCAUGGAUUUAGGUACCUACCUACCAUAUAGAAAACUAAUUUAUAAUAAUAUACAGUUUGUAUAUACAAAUAUAAAUGUAUAAAUAUUAAUCAUUCUUGGAUAAGUACGUACAGACAGUCAUAAUUAUAUUAUAAAUACAAUUAAUAACACAUAUAAUGCAUCUAAUCAAAUAAGUAAAUUAUAUAAAUAAAAUAAAUUAAUUAUCAAAAUAAAAAUGUAUAAUUUAUUAUACAGGCUGAUGCAUAUAACACAUUACAAUAAUAUAGGUAUACUAUUAAAAACUAUAAACCUAAUAUAAGUACUUAGUACCUAUACUGUAUCUAAUACAUUUUUGUAUUAUUAUUUUUGAAACGUAUACUUAACAAACAUAUUUUAUCAAUGUAAUCAUUACUUUUAUUUCUAUUUGAAAAAGAUUUAUCUUCAAACAGGGCCAAAGGCGUAUUUAGGAGUAACUAAAAGAUGUGACCGUCGAGUGGCAUUUUUAAACUUAACGUUAAUAUCAUUAAAAUUUGUGAUCUCGCCUCUCAAUUAUGGUUUAUAAUAUUGUUAUUAUUAUUAUAACUUUUAUUUUGUGUUAUCUCAUUAUCAUAAUCGAACUGAAAAAUGAAAAGUGUUCAAUUUUAAAAUUAUAUCACGACCUUAGAUAGAUAAUAUAAAUUUAGGUACAGUGUAAUCAGAGCUAUACUAAGCCAUUUGGCACCCGGCGACAUUAAUAUUUGAAACCCCCUUCUUAAGAUCUUAACUGGGGAUAAUUUAGUGGGUAAUCACAUUCGAAUUUGUUGUUUUUAUAAAAUUGUAUUAAAAUCAUAUUAAAAUUUUAAAAGUUUACUUUUAACAAUGAAGAUUCUUCCUUAUCGAAACGAUAUUCGUUAUUCCUCUAAGCAAAGCGUUUGAAAGUAAAACAAAUAACAAGUCAUGAUAUAAUAAUAGUGAUAAUAUAAAUUUUAUAUUUACCUGGGCGCCUCAUAGUUUUAGAAAAGUUUGGUGCUUCGAGAAAAAUACCCCCAUUGCCCCCCCCUUUUAUCACGGCUCUGAGUGUAAUACUUAAUUUAUGGGUUAGUAUUGAGUGAUUAAAUAAUUUCCAUAUAUAUAUAUUCUACACGCCAUACAACAGUUAUAUUGGGCAGUUCAAUAAAUUAGUUAAAAAAACUAAGUGUUAAUUUACGCUGCUGCCAGUUCAAUAUGUCUUUGAACAGUGCACCUGUACUGUUAUUCGUGCAAUAUAUAUGUAUACGUGUAUAACAUUGAGUACAUUUAUUUAUUUAUUUUAUUACAAUAUAGGAAACUAUAGCUGUCUUCAAGUGGACUUGAUUUUCACCAGAGACCGAGCGUUUUAUUUCACUACGGUAUUCAUACCGGGCAUAAUAUUGGUGACUUCGUCGUUCAUAACGUUCUUCCUCGAAUGGAAUGCAGUGCCGGCAAGAGUUAUGAUAGGUAUUUUGUUUUAAUACGCCAUGGACAUUAUAUUACAAUAUUCUCAGUGUUUAAUUAUUUAUGCGUGCAUAGGCAAUGGUUAGAACAGUCCCGAAAUUAAAUAUAUAAUUUUUUAAAACUUUAAUAUAUUUUAUAUACUUGUGCUAAAAUCGUGAUUGUCUAAAAAAAGAUCUCAUAUUUGAAAAUCGUUACCAACAUUUAUUUGUUUGUUUAAUUAAAAUAAGAAGUAUUACAAUAAGCGUUGAAUAAAUUAAAAAUAAUCCAAAUACGCGUGCAUACGAUAGUUCAUAAAUAAUUUACAGAUUGUGGCCAAUGAUUGUAAUACUGUUCUAAAUUAAAACGUAUUAUUUUGUUACAUAUAAAUAUUUAUGCGGUCCUAUUAUUUUGUUGUCGAUAAUUUUAAAUUAUGAAUUCAUCAAAGAUUUUUAGUGAUCCAAUUUCGUUUAAUUUUUACCAAUAACGCUCGAUUCUAUUAAUUCUAUAAGAUUAAUACAAUGCAAUAAUACAAAUAAAAUUCUAUUUGUAUUGUGUUUCACGGUACAUUUAUUUACCGUUUGAUUUACAAAUAAUUUAAAUGGGUUUUUAAUAUUAAUAAAUACGUUUUAUAUUUGGUUUAAAAAUAAUAACAUUGUCAUUUUUUGGAUAUUUAAAAUCGUGUAGCGAAAUAUAAACAAUUUUUACAUAAAUAUCGAUUGUUUUUAAAUUGUUUGGUAAUUUUUUACGUAAUUUAUAGGGUGAUUAAUUUUUUGUUGAACACUCAUUAUUUCUCAAAGUAGACUUUUAAAGAAAAAAAAAAAAAAUAAAUAAUGUUUUAAAAAUUUAAGAAACAGGCUAAAAUUUUACAUUAAGUACUAUUGCUUUUUAUCCUUUUUGUUUUAGGGUGAAACGACUAACAAUUUUUGAUUUCAAACCCGAUAAACGGGUUCACGGAAAUCAAAAAUGUCAACAAUUAAAUUUAUUUAAACAAAUACUCUAUCUAUACAUGGGACUUUUAAUAUAGGUCACCAUUUGAAAAUCAAAAGUUGGUAGUCGUUCAACCCCCAAAAAUAUGGUUGACAAAAAACAAUGUUAAUGUAAAAUUCUAGAUCUACUUGUUUCUUAAAUUGUAAAAAACUUUUUUUGGAAAAAAUUAAUAUUUUGUGAAAUAAUAAGUGUUUAACGAUAAAAAAAUCACCUUAUAUAAUAGUUUUGUUUUUUUUAAAUCAAAGUAACACUCAACGGAGUACCUAUUAAAGUCUCUAAAGAUGUUUUUGUAAGGAUAGUGACUUUCUUACAAGUUAUUUUUGACUUUAAAACAGAUAAUAAACGAUUUUUGUUUGUUUCGUUUUUAGUAUAUCUAUCCAUGCUGUUUUUUUCUCGAUACAGGAGUGACUACAAUGUUGAAUUUUUUCACCACGUCAAACGGUUUCCGAAGUACCUUGCCGGUGGUGUCCAAUUUGACGGCCAUGAACGUUUGGGACGGCGUGUGUAUGUGUUGUAUUUACGCCAGUUUAUUGGAGUUCGUAUUGGUAAACUACGUCGGACGGAAACGUUCGGACUGGCCAAUGCCCAUCGUGUACAAAGACCGAGACUACCAGCAAAUAGCGCAAGUACGUUUGGUUUUUAGAAAAAAAAAAAACAAAUACACCGGGUUGCCGGUGAGCAUUAAAUACUCGCAAAUAGGUUUAGUUAAGAAAUUAAUUUUUUUUUUCGUUGACUUCACUAGCUAAGUGUUCAUUAUUGUAUAAAUUUGACUCUUUUAAGUUAAUACGUACUCUUGACUGCGAUAGGUACGGAUGAAAAAUAUCUAAAAAUUAAUAUUAAGAACUUAUAGGCUAUAAUAAUACACUAAAAAUGCCUAUAUCGUAUAAAGAUAUGGACAAUAAAUAAAUCAAAUUACCUAAAUUUAAAAAAAAAAAAAAAUGCGAAAAAAAGGAAAUACAGCGGAAAUUUCACCUUUUAAGUACUUUAAAAUAUACGUAUACCAUCUAUAACACGAAUCGAAUUAUAUAAUUGGAACGCAGUACAGUCGUAGAAAUUAGAACAACUAAAUAAAUUGCAUCUUGCAGUGCCUGUAAUUUCGGUGACAUAAUUUAUAAUGUACUUCUCAGUUCCCAAUUAACGUAAACCCAAUCGUUUCACAUACUCAUAAUUGAUUUUAGCAUAAUAUUAUAAUCAUCAUCAAAUAAUAUAAAAAGAAAAAUAUAUUAAUGAAUAAUAAUAGAAUUAGAAAAAUAAUUAGAAUUGGAUAAUUUUGAACGAGUUAAUCUACAGAUCUAGAUGUAGGUAUUUGUGAAAUAUUAAUUAUCAUUUAUCAGGUAAUCAGUAAGAAUCGGUUUUUUUCUUUCUUAUCCCAGCUACAGUUUAAUUUCAAAAUAUUAACAUUUAAUUAAUAACUGCAUCAGUCAUGCGAAGUACAAUAUUAAUUUAUUGAUACUGUAUUGUAUAAAUAUUUAUCAAUUUAUUAGUCAUAGAUAUUAAUUUAUUUUUAUAGAAUAUCUAACGCAUUAUUAUGCAAUAUAAUAUGUGAAUGAUUCCUACUAGAUUUGAAUGCGUAUAGCGAGUACACCUAAUUUCGAUUGUUUUGUUAUGGAAAAAAAUAAAAAUAAACGGUAAACAAUAAACAUUAAAGAGUUUUAGUUUUGUCAUUAUAAUAUAGGGUUAAAAACGAUUCUUCCAAAAAAAUAAUUACACGUCAUAAGAAAUAAAUGUUCAAUUGUUACACGACCUUUAAAAUAACAAUAGAGUUAACAUUGAUUUUAUCAAACACGUGUCAAGAGAAAUUUCAUAUUUUAAAAUUAAUAACAUUGUCUUUACAGUUAGGUUCUUGUUCUUAUCUUUAUUGCAAAUUGUAGUUAAAUUUGUAUAAAUUAUGUAUUAUCAACGAACUGUUAAUACUUAUUGUAUCAACUGAACGUAGGUACUAUUAACAUUGUACAUUACUUAAUAUUUUUGUACUUUUCAUUAUCUAAUAUUCGUCAUAAUAUUAUUAUUAGUAUAGCACACGGUAGACAAUUCUUUUUUCUACGCUUAGUAUGGAAUUGACAUUGACUGACUGUUUUAUACUUACUACCUAGAUAGCUAGUAAGCUAUAUUUAAACUGUUACUCUUAAUUCCAAAACUUGGUAGAAUUGUUUUAAGUUCAGUAGGCUUGACAAAGUCAACAUUUUUCAUCCGGUCUAAGAAAAUAGCGAAAUUUUUUUCACUUUUAUUUAGAAUUAUUUAUGAAAUUUCUCGAGCUAUAUAGUGCGUCUUCUGAACUUAAACUUAUAGUCUAAAACCAAAAUGAUUUUUUGAAUGCAGAUUGUUUACUUCAAGAAAUUUGAUAAGUAGGUUUUCAAUAAUUUUUUCUAAUAGUUUAGCAAAAUUGAAAAUCAUUGACACGUAAUUAUUUAUACCUGUCUAAUUUCUCCCUUUGAAUAGUGAGAUUUAAAUUUAUCAAGGAGCGUAUUUGAAUCAAUGCUCAUAUUAUAAAAUAAAAGUGGAUCUAUUUUUGUAUAAAUAGCAAUUUAAUAAUAAUAACGAACGGAUUCCGUUACAUUAUCUUUUUAAUUUUUUAAUUUGACAAUUCAAAAACCAUAUGCGAUUAUAUAUAUACGAAAAUCGUGUGUACGUUAUGGAUAUUUUGAAUUUUAAUACUAAGUACAAAUAUAAAUAACAAAAUAACACUAUUAAAUUAUAUUAAUAUAUUUUCUUGUAUGCAUUAUUAUAUACGCGACUAGAUAGUUUCAUAGUUUAUAAAGGUCACGUAUAUGGCAUAAUAAUAACUUUAUGAAACUUAUUUUAUAAUGUUGUUCCAGUAGGUAAACAUUUUUUUUUUUUUUUGUGUACAUGCAUUUUUCACUUACUGUAUACAGAGUGAUUCUUUUAUCGUUGUUCAUAUGAUAUGAUUAUUCUUGAACAUUUUCGAGUAAAUGCGACAUUGUUUGUUUUGCAAACAUUUUAAAAUAUUAUCGUAUUUUAUAACAAAAAUAAGUACUUGUGUGUUUGUCAUGCCAUCACUAAUAUAUAGUCCGAAAUUCCAAGUCAAUUAAUACAAAAAAAAUGAGGUCCCAUAUAUUUUGGGCUUCCAUUGAUUACAUGGCUAUCUACAUGUAUGCACAUUUAAUUAACGGUACCUAUUACACAUAAUAUGGUCUUUAAUAGUGGUACGGACCAUAAGUACUACGGUACAGUGGAGAUAUCUGUAUAGCACUAGCACGGCUCACGGUUUAUGAAAUGUUAACAAAUUUUACCAUUAAUUGAAUUAUAACUAUAAGUAUCUAUGUAGAUAUCUAUAUUAAGUAUCAAUGUUAGUAACGACUGAAAAAAUUCGACACUUCUGUAGAUAAUCCGUGGUCGAUGGUUCGUGAUAAAAUACUCACUCUGUAUUGGGCCCGUACAUUUCACGCCGAAACGCGUCGCAUAAUACCGUUGAAACAAUAAUUUUAUAAUACUAUUAAAACAAUAAUUUAGGCAUAACAUUAUAUUAUUUUCAUAUGCAUGGUAUGUAUAAGUGUCGUUCUGAAUAAUAUUUCUACGCACAUGAUGUUUAUUCGGAGUAGGUAUACCUAUAUACGAAUAUUAUGUAGAUGUAGUAGGUAUAAUACAUGUACAAAAAAAAAAAUAUCACACCGCACUCGACACACGGCCAGCUUGUAAAAUACUACAAGUAUAUGUUAUGAUAAUAAUAUUUUACUACUGACUAAAGCUAUUGUAACGGCUAGGUUAUGAAAAAUGUAGCGUUGUUCGAACUGCAAAACGCGCAAUAUCCAAUAUAUUCGUAUUUUAAUAUUAUGCAGAUAUUAAUAUUACUCGUUAAAAAACAUAAACGAACGCGUUAUCCAUAUGUAUCGAUAUGAAUACAUAUAUAUAUAUAUAUUAUGUAUACAAAUAUAUUUUUACACGCAUAAAAUAAAAUAACGUUAGAUACGUAUGCGUAAUAAUAUGAUAAAAUAUUAUUAUUACAAUGUAUUGCUGAUUAAGUAUUAAACAUUUUUCUCUCUCUUUCAUUCUUCGUAUGUGUUAUCGCAGAUCCAACACCGUCACUUAAAUCGGCAAGACGCAAAUCAGAUUAGUUACGAAAGUUAUGUGGAUAACGAGAAAUGUUCAAUAUACGUAAGAUUUUUGGGAAUAAAGUAUACUCGUAAUAUAUUUAUUGCCAUCGUAUUACAUCCUGUAAACUAAAUCAUAUUUACCCAAUAUU